UCGCGGGCAGCUUUGCAGUCGCUGCCUUCUCGCGCCUGGACCAUGCACCCCUGCAUCUUCCUGCUGGGCCUCAGGCGAGCACUUCAUUUCUGGAGCUGAGGGCUAAAACUUUUUUGAGUUUUCUUCUCCCCAACAACUGAAUCAUGCCAUGUGCCCAGCGGAGCUGGCUUGCAAACCUUUCCAUGGUGGCUCAGCUCCUCAACUUCGGGGCGCUUUGCCAUGGGAGACAACCUCAGCCAGGCCCGUUUAGCCUCCCGGACAGGAGGCAAGAGCAUUUUAUCAAGAGCCUGCCAGAAUACCACUUGGUGGGCCCAGUUCGAGUAGACGCCAGUGGGCAUUUUCUGUCCUAUGGCUUGAACCAUCUCAUCACGAGCAGCAGGAGGAAGAGAGAUUUGGAUGGCUCAGAGGACUGGGUGUAUUACAAAAUUUCUUAUGAGGAGAAGGACUUAUUUUUUAACUUGACAGUCAAUCGAAGAUUUCUUUCCAAUAGCUACAUCAUGGAGAAAAGAUAUGGGAACCUCUCCAAUGUUAAGAUGAUGGCUUCCUCUGCCCCCCUCUGCCAUCUCAGUGGCACGGUUCUGCAGCAGGGCACCAGAGUUGGGACGGCGGCUCUCAGUGCCUGCCAUGGACUGACUGGAUUUUUCCAACUACCACACGGAGACUUUUUCAUUGAGCCCGUGAAGAAUCAUCCACUGGCUGAGGGAGGGUACCACCUGCACAUCGUUUACAGAAGGCAGAAAGUUCCAGAAACCAAGGAGCCAACCUGUGGAUUAAAGGACAGUGUUAACAUCUCCCAGAAGCAAGAGCUAUGGCGGGAGAAGUGGGAGAGGCACAACUUGCCAAGCAGAAGCCUCUCUCGGCGUUCCAUCAGCAAGGAGAGAUGGGUGGAGACACUGGUGGUAGCUGACACAAAGAUGAUUGAAUACCAUGGGAGUGAGAAUGUGGAGUCCUACAUCCUCACCAUCAUGAACAUGGUCACCGGGUUGUUCCAUAACCCAAGCAUUGGCAAUGCAAUUCACAUUGUUGUGGUUCGGCUCAUUCUGCUUGAAGAAGAAGAGCAAGGAUUGAAAAUAGUUCACCAUGCAGAGAAGACACUGUCUAGCUUCUGCAAGUGGCAGAAGAGUAUCAAUCCCAAGAGUGACCUCAACCCUGUUCAUCACGAUGUGGCUGUCCUUCUCACCAGAAAGGACAUCUGUGCUGGUUCCAAUCGCCCCUGCGAGACCCUGGGUCUGUCUCACCUUUCAGGAAUGUGCCAGCCUCACCGCAGCUGUAACAUCAAUGAAGAUUCAGGACUCCCCCUGGCUUUCACAAUUGCCCAUGAGCUAGGACACAGCUUCGGCAUCCAGCAUGAUGGGAAAGAAAAUGACUGUGAGCCCGUGGGCAGACACCCGUACAUCAUGUCCCGCCAGCUACAGUACGAUCCCACUCCGCUAACGUGGUCCAAGUGCAGCAAGGAGUACAUCACCCGCUUCUUGGACCGAGGCUGGGGCUUCUGUCUUGAUGACAUACCCACAAAGAAAGGCUUGAGGUCCAAGGUCAUUGCCCCAGGAGUGAUCUACGAUGUUCACCACCAGUGCCAGCUACAGUAUGGACCCAAUGCUACCUUCUGCCAGGAAGUAGAAAAUGUCUGCCAGACACUGUGGUGCUCCGUGAAAGGCUAUUGUCGCUCUAAGCUGGAUGCUGCUGCAGAUGGAACUCAAUGUGGUGAGAAGAAGUGGUGUAUGGCAGGCAAAUGCAUCACAGUGGGGAAGAAACCAGAGAGCAUUCCUGGAGGCUGGGGCCGCUGGUCACCCUGGUCCCACUGUUCCAGGACCUGUGGGGCUGGAGUCCAGAAUGCAGAGAGGCUGUGCAACAACCCUGAACCAAAGUUUGGAGGGAAAUAUUGCACUGGAGAAAGAAAACGCUAUCGCUUGUGCAACGUCCACCCCUGUCGCUCAGAUACACCAACAUUUCGGCAGAUGCAGUGCAGUGAAUUUGACACCGUACCCUACAAGAAUGAAUUCUACCACUGGUUUCCGAUUUUUAACCCAGCACAUCCUUGUGAGCUCUACUGCCGACCCAUAGAUGGCAAGUUUUCUGAGAAAAUGCUGGAUGCUGUCAUUGAUGGUACCCCUUGCUUUGAAGGCGGCAACAGCAGAAAUGUCUGUAUUAAUGGCAUAUGUAAGAUUGUUGGCUGUGACUAUGAGAUCGAUUCCAAUGCCACAGAGGAUCGCUGCGGUGUGUGCCUGGGAGAUGGCUCUUCUUGCCAAACUGUGAGAAAGAUGUUUAAGCAGAAGGAAGGAUCAGGUUAUGUUGACAUUGGGCUCAUUCCAAAAGGAGCAAGGGACAUAAGAGUGGUGGAAAUUGAGGGAGCUGGAAACUUCCUGGCCAUCAGGAGUGAAGACCCUGAAAAAUAUUACCUCAAUGGAGGGUUUGCUAUCCAGUGGAACGGGAACUACAAGCUGGCAGGGACCGUCUUUCAGUAUGACAGGAAAGGAGACCUGGAAAAGCUGAUGGCCACAGGUCCCACCAAUGAGUCUGUGUGGAUCCAGCUCCUAUUCCAGGUGACUAACCCUGGCAUCAAGUAUGAGUACACAAUCCAGAAAGAUGGCCUUGACAAUGAUGUUGAGCAGCAGAUGUACUUCUGGCAGUACGGCCGCUGGACAGAGUGCAGUGUGACCUGCGGGGCGGGUAUCCGCCGCCAGACUGCCCAUUGCGUGAAGAAGGGCCGCGGGAUGGUGAAAGCUACAUUCUGUGACCCAGAAACACAGCCCAAUGGGAGACAGAAGAAGUGCCAUGAAAAGGCUUGUCCACCCAGGUGGUGGGCAGGGGAGUGGGAAGCAUGCUCGGCGACAUGCGGGCCCCACGGAGAGAAGAAGCGAACCGUGCUGUGCAUCCAGACCAUGGGCUCUGACGAGCAGGCUCUCCCGCCCACAGACUGCCAGCACCUGCUGAAGCCCAAGACCCUCCUUUCCUGUAACAGAGACAUCCUGUGCCCCUCGGACUGGACAGUGGGCAACUGGAGUGAGUGUUCUGUUUCCUGUGGUGGUGGAGUGCGGAUUCGUAGUGUCACGUGUGCCAAGAACCAUGAUGAACCCUGCGAUGUGACAAGGAAACCCAACAGCCGAGCUCUCUGUGGCCUCCAGCAAUGCCCAUCCAACCGGAGGGGUCUGAAACACAACAAAGGCACGAUUUUCAAUGGAAAAAACCCACCAACACCUGAGCAAGACCCCCUAAAGCCCAUCCCUCCACCUACAUCCAGGCCCAGAAUGCUGACCACACCUAUAGGCCCUGAGUCUGUGAGCACAAGCACUCCAGCAAUCAGCAGCCCUCGUCCUUCCACAGCCUCCAAAGAAGGAGACCUGGAUGGGAAACAGUGGCAAAAUAGCUCAACCCAACCUGAGCUGAGUUCUCGCUAUCUUACUUCCACUGGAAGCACUUCCCAGCCCAUCCCCACUUCCCCAUCCUUGAGCAUCCAGCCAAGUGAUAAAAAUGUUGCCAGUUCAGAUACUGGUCCUACCUGGGAGGGAGGCCUUGUAGCUACAACACCAAGUGGUUCUGACUUGUCAUCUUCUAGCAACCCUAUGACUUGGCCUGUGACUCCAUUUUACAAUACCUUAACCAAAGGUCCAGAAACAGAGAUUCACAGUGGUUCAGGGGAAGACAGGGAAGAGCCUGAGGACAAAGAUGAAAGCAACCCUGUAAUAUGGACCAAGAUCAGAGUACCUGGAAAUGAUGCUCCAGUGGAAAGAAGUACAGAAAUGCCACUUGCUCCUCCCCUAACACCAGAUCUCAGCGGGGAGUCUCCAUGGCCACUCUUCAGCACAGUGAUGGAAGGACUGCUUCCCAGCCAAAGGCCUAGUACCCUCAAAAGUGGGACACCCAGAGUUGAGGGGAUGGUUACUAAAAAGCCAGCCAACACUCUAUUCCCUCUGGGAGGAGACCACCAGCCAGAACCCUCAGGAAACACAGCAAAUCAUAACCACCAGGAACUUCCAAACAUGAAUCAAACAAAAAGUUCUCAACCAGUCCUGACUGAGGAGGAUGCAACAAGUCUGAUUGCCGAGGGCUUUUUGCUGAAUGCUUCCAAUUAUAAGCAGCUCACAAAUGGCCAUAGCUCUGCACAUUGGAUCAUUGGAAACUGGAGUGAGUGCUCCACCACGUGUGGUCUGGGGGCCUACUGGAGAAGGGUGGAGUGCAGCACCCAGAUGGAUUCUGACUGUGCAGCCAUCCAGAGACCUGACCCUGCAAAGAGAUGCCACCUCCGUCCCUGUGCUGGCUGGAAAGUGGGAAACUGGAGCAAGUGCUCCAGAAACUGCAGUGGGGGCUUCAAGAUACGUGAGAUUCAGUGCGUGGACAGCCGGGACCACCGGAACCUGAGGCCAUUUCACUGCCAGUUCCUGGCUGGCAUUCCUCCCCCACUGAGCAUGAGCUGUAACCCCGAGCCCUGUGAGGAGUGGCAGGUGGAGCCUUGGAGCCAGUGCUCCAGGUCCUGUGGGGGCGGAGUUCAGGAGAGAGGAGUGUUCUGCCCAGGAGGCCUCUGUGACUGGACAAAAAGGCCCACAUCCAUCAUGUCCUGCAAUGAGCACCUCUGCUGUCACUGGGCCACUGGGAACUGGGACCUGUGUUCCACUUCCUGUGGAGGUGGCUUUCAGAAGAGAACUGUCCAUUGUGUGCCCUCAGAGGGCAAUAAAACCGAAGACCAAGACCGAUGCCUGUGUGAUCAUGAACCCAGACCUCCAGAAUUUAAAAAAUGCAACCAGCAGGCCUGCAAGAAGAGUGCUGAUUUACUUUGCACCAAGGACAAGCUGUCAGCCAGUUUCUGCCAGACACUGAAAGGCAUGAAGAAAUGUUCUGUGCCCACCGUGAGGGUGCAGUGCUGCUUCUCAUGUCCCCAGACACACAUCACCCACACCCAAAGGCAAAGAAAGCGAUGGUUGCUCCAAAAGCCCAAAGCCCACUAAGCCCAGAAGGAAGCCACCUUCCACCAUGGACUGCAGCAGCCUGCUGACUGUGACAUGCUUUAGCUCUGGGAGCUGCUUCAUUGAGGUUUUGCUUCAUAUAUUUCAGGUUCAGCUUUGGGUCAUAAUGAAACAAAAUCCACUGUGUUCCUCUAGUCACAAAAUGUCCUUCACAGGAGACCUGGGCUGCCAUACUUGCUGCUCCUGAUUGAAAGGUGAAAUAUCUAGAAGAAUCAGGCAGCACCUGGGACUAGCUCCUGGGAAAGGUGCCAGGUUAGACAGAUUGGUGAAAUGUAUUUUUGUUCUCCCUUAAAGAUGAACGCAAAGAGACCAUCUUUUUCCCCCAACUACCUCAAGAGUAUCAGGCAACAGAGCCACACCUACCCAGGGGACAAAUACUCUUCUUAAUUUAGCUUGAUGAAUACCUUUUUGUGUUUUUGUUUUGUUUUGUUUUUUCCUCCCUGCCUGGGGCAGCUGCUAUUUAAAAUGUCACGGUGGAGCUUUGGGAACAUUCCUUUAAUUCAUCCAGGCAGAGGACUCCUUCCUUCACCCGUGUUCAAUUGGGGCAGGAAGAGAAAAUGCUGUUACAUCUCUCAGUCUCUUCCUCCAUCCCUGUAGGGCUCCGUAUCUGGGCUGCCUAGAGUCUCCUGCCAACCUUGAGGCACUAGACUAAGAUGAAACAGGCAUGGGAAACACACCCUAAGGGAUUUAGGUCACUUACACAGAAAACACUGCUGGCUUGAAGAUCGUUUGUGUGAAAACUCUUAAAAAGCAAAUGAGUAGAAAUCAAUUUCUUACUAAUAUAGAAAAGGAACUGUGGGCCUUUAUUCUUCCAACUUUCCUGGCAAAUACACACUCCUUCGCAGAAGGGAAAAUGAGUCUUCCCAGCUGCCUUCCUCUCUUCUGUAUAGUCUCUGUGGGAGGCACGAGCUCAGGUCCCACCACCGUCUUGCUGCAGGGAGUGUAUCCACAAAGACCACUAUGACCAGCUCCAAGGCUGCCACCUGUUCUCACCUCCCCUCAGGUUGGAAAAUUGAGGUCCCAUAUUGAAAUAUUUCAAAGAACCAGGUAAAUUGUACUAAGUACAGGAACAUAGUACAAACUUCUAAUCUAGAGAAAAACACUUCUAAAAAGUAAAAUAAAAAGGAUCUACUCCUCAGUGUACCCACAGUGUAGUUAGUUUUCACCAUGGGAAGAGCAGGCGAAUCAGAGUCCAAAGAAACUGAAAUGAAAGUUAGAAUGCUUGUUCCGGAUGUUCUUACCUCCCACCAGAAAUCUAAGUAGGCUUGGCCUCAAAUUCAGAGCACAUUUCUAGACAAAAUGAUUUCUAAGGAAGGGACUUACAUGAACUGAACCCAGAGAAAGAGGGUAGGUGGGUGGGUGGAGGGACAUAAGCCUCAAAUGAAAGAAGAUCUCAGAACCGAUUCUUGACAGGGAGAAAAGCAAGGAUGUGGCCUUCAUGUGAUGGAGCAUAUUUUCUGACUCAUGUGCAGAUAUAUUUAACACUCAUCAUGGAACACAAUGUCCCAUGUCUCCCUUUACCUAUCCGUUCAGCAGAAUGGUGCUAUUUAAAAAUGGUGCUAAUAUCUAGGUGGUGGCAGAACUAACAUAAACAUAGAUAGGCAUACAAAUGGGUAAGUGUACAUAAAACUCUGUAUAUACAUCUUCUGUUAACCAUGUAAUGUUGCUGACCAAUGUCAAUUUUAUUGCUUGGGUACCUUGAAUUUAAGAUUUUAUAUUACGGGCCAGGCACGGUGGCUCAUGCCUGUAACCCCAG